AUGGGAAACACCAUCAAAGCCCUCGUGGCCUUCAUCCCCGCUGACCGCUGCCAGAACUACGUAGUUGGAGACCUCUGGGAAAUGCCACUGGACAAGAUGGUGGAUCUCAGUGGAAGCCAGUUACGUCGCUUCCCUGUGCAUGUGUGCACCUUCACAGAGCUGGUCAAGCUCUAUCUGAGCGACAACCAUCUCAACAGCCUCCCUCCAGAGCUGGGACAGCUACAGAACCUGCAGAUCCUGGCUUUGGAUUUCAACAACUUUAAGGCUCUGCCCCAGGUGGUGUGUACCUUGAAACAGCUCUGCAUCCUCUACCUGGGCAACAAUAAGCUCUGCGACCUCCCAGAUGAGCUAAGCCUGCUCCAGAAUCUCCAAACCCUGUGGAUCGAGGCCAACUGUCUGACCCACCUGCCAAAUGUGGUGUGUGAGCUGAGCCUCCUUAAGACCCUGCAUGCAGGUUCCAAUGCCCUGCGUCUGUUGCCAGGUCAACUCAGGCGUCUCCGUGAGUUGAGGACCAUCUGGCUGUCAGGCAACCUGCUGAGUGACUUCCCCCCUGUGCUGUUGCACAUGCCCUUCCUGGAAGUCAUCGAUGUGGACCGGAACAGCAUCCGUUACUUUCCCAGCCUGGCCCACUUGUCAAAUCUGAAGCUGGUCAUUUAUGAUCACAAUCCUUGCCGGAAUGCACCAAAGGUGGCCAAAGGUGUGCGGCGAGUGGGAAGAUGGGCAGAAGAGACACCAGAGCCUGAUCCCAGAAAAGCCAGGCGCUAUGCACUAACCAUGGAAGGAAAUGAGGAGCCGCGGGCAUCUGCCUCCACUCCACGGCUUCUCCCUACAAGCUCUUGA